AUUCGACUGUUGCCGGCAUACAGGGAGUAUGUCGAAAUUAAAAUGUUUGUCAAUUUUGGCAUUUCAAAUGUUUUUAGUAAAAAGUAUAGAUGGUUCGAUAGGUGAUAGAGCUCAAUUUUACAGUUUGUGCCUGGAAAAAUGUCAUAAUGAUAAUUGCGAUAAUGAUCAAAAAUUUAAGGUACUACCUUCCUUAUCAUUAAGAUUAUUAUUUUGGUCUUGUAAGGAAGAUUGUAGUUACAGCUGUAGUUGGAAGACAGUGGAUUAUUUUACAUCUCAUGGUUUAACAGUUCCUCAAUUUCAUGGAAAGUGGCCAUUUAUUCGUAUUUUUGGCUGUCAAGAACCCGCUUCUGUCGUAUUUUCCAUAUUAAAUUUUUAUGCUCAUGUUACUAUGUAUUGGAAAUUUAAUAGAAAAUAUGGAUGUACUUAUCCUAUGUUUUACAUAUGGACUUAUUUUAGUUUGAUAUGCAUGCAUGGAUGGUUUUGGUCGUCUAUUUUUCAUGCAAGAGAUACUCCAUUCACAGAAGUAAUGGAUUAUUCCUGUGCAUUUAUUAUGGUGCUUACAUUACUGUAUUGUAUGCUACUAAGAAUAACUUAUAAAAACAACAGGUUAUUUAUUGUGAUUACAUGUGGAUACCUUAGCACUCUAUAUUCACAUUUAUCCCACUUAUGGUCUGGUUACAUUAAUUAUGACUAUAAUAUGAAAUUUAAUAUAGUUACAGGUUUCUUGACAUUUGUUAUAACAAUGAUAUGGUGGCACCGUAAUCGUAAAAAAUUAUCUUAUAUUUAUCUAAUUGGUUGGUUUAAUAUAUUAACAGUUUUUGUUACUAUAUUGGAAAUAGCAGAUUUUGCACCAAUCUUUUGGAUAUUUGAUGCUCAUUCUUUGUGGCACGCCAGCACAGUUCCUCUUACAAUUUUGUUGUAUAGGUUCAUGAUGGCAGAUUGUUCUUAUUUGAAUAAAUGUUACAGUAAGUUAAUAUUAGAUAUUGAUCAUCAUAUACAUUAGUAAUAUCAUUACUAGUCAUAUAUUUCUUUUGAGGUACUAAAGUGUUAUUUCAUUGUUACUUUACAAAAUAGUAAAUAUUAUUCCGUAUUUUUUUGUUAAUUAUAAAAUACUAUUUUUUAUUAACAUUAAAUGAAAUUUCCAAAACAGAAAUAUAUUUCUUUCAUGUGCUACUUAGUAUAUCAGUAGUAUAUAUAUUUUAUUACUUUUUUUUGAAGAUAUUGUUUAUACACACACAUACAUAUAUAUAUAUAUCCAAGUUAUAACUUAUAAUAAAGUAAAAUUUAAAAUAUAAUGAUAAAUACAAUGAAUUUGUAAUAUAUAUAUUUUUUUUAGAUUGAUAUGAAUGAUUAUCUGUUAAAAUAUCAUUGAACACAUUUCUUCAAUCUACUUCUUGUUUUUGUAAAUAUUAAUGUGCAACAUGGCAGGAUUAGCUGUCAUUGGCAAUGUAAUUAAUACUAAAUAUCAAACAUUUUAGUGUCAACAUAUGAAUUUAGAGCAAGGUAUUAGUUCUGACUUAAUACUGCCAGAGCUCAUUGCAUUUAUUACUUAAUACAGAAAAACAUAUAAAUACUUUGGGGAAUGUGUUGUAAUAUGAAGAUAUAAUUGCAUAAUGUUUAUAUUAAUUAAACCAUUGACCGAUUGAUAGAACAAUAGGUUUUAAGUACCCGAUAUACAUUUAAAUUAUUCGUAUACCUUAAUAUGUAACAAGUAGUAUACAUAUAAUAUAACAAUCAAUAAGAUGUAUACAAUAUUUUAAAGGCACGUUACAUUAAACAUUCUCUAGUUUCGAUAGUACAUAUGCAUAUGUAUAUUACUGACAUUUAAUAUAAAAAUGUAAUAAUGUACCUAAUAAUUUUGAACGCUACUUCCAGAGAAAUAAGUUUCCAUUAUGGGUACAAAUUAAAACCUCUAAUAAUUGUUAUAUUGUAAAUAAGAUUAAACAAUUUAAUCUUUCUUAUGUAAA